UCACUCGCCUCCGCGGCCCCAUCCUCGGCCCGGCAUCGGCCUCGCGCAUGAGGUCAACGCUAAAACAUCACUGCAAAACAGGGUCUCGGUCCAAACCUGGGGAAGAUUAGGCCUGCAGGGUUGGGCCAGUUAGGAGCAGGGAUAAAUCAGGGGAUCUCGGUGUAGCCUUUGCUCUUUCCUCCCCUCCCUGGAGGGCUGCCCAGCUGCCUGUCCCAAGGUGGGGACCAGCCUCCUGCAGCUGCCGUAUAAGCAGGGCCGGCAGCGAUGCAGCCCCCGGGGCGCAUACGGAGCUUGGCGGUGGAGCUGGAGGACGGACAAGUGUGGGGCGCCUACGGCAGCGGGGAGCUGCUGCACGGCCGGGUGCAGCUGGAGCUACGCGGCACGCUGCGGCUACGGGCGCUGGAGGUGUGCGCUCGCGGACGCGCCGUCACGCACUGGCUGGAGAGCCGCAGCGUGGGGCUCAACACCGUCUACCAUGACUACACAGCCUACCAGACCUUCCUGUACCGCCGCUGCCAGCUCAUCCCCGACAAUGGUGAGGUCACCGUCCUGCAGGCAGGAAGGCACGAGUUCCCCUUCACCUUCCAGCUCCCCGAGACCCUGGCUACCUCCUUCGAGGGAAAGCACGGCAGCGUGCGCUACUGGGUGAAAGCCAAACUGCACAGACCCUGGUCGACAGUGAAGAAAGUGAAGAAGGAGUUCACUGUGAUUGAACCCAUCGACAUCAACACGCCUGCACUGCUGGCUCCCCAGGCAGGUGCUAAGGAGAAACUUGCUCGUGCCUGGUACUGCAAUCGUGGCCAGGUUUCUGUGACUGCCAAGAUUGACCGAAAAGGCUACACCCCCGGUGAGGUCAUCCCUAUCUUUGCCGAGAUCGACAACUGCACAAGCCGAGCGGUGGUGCCCAAGGCGGCCAUCAUCCAGACUCAGACCUUCAUCGCUCGAGGCACCAAGAAGCAGAAGAAGUCAGUGGUGACCAGCAUCGUCGGUGACUCCAUUGCAGCAGGAAAGCGGGAAGUGUGGCACGGGCGGGCGCUGAAGAUCCCACCGGUGGGUCCGUCCAUCCUCCAGUGCCGCAUCAUCCAGGUGGAAUACUCCCUGAAGGUUUGUGUGGAUAUUCCUGGGACAUCCAAGCUGCUCCUUGAACUGCCGCUUGUCAUCGGAACGAUCCCGCUGCAUCCGUUCGGGAGCCGCACAUCCAGCGUCAGUAGCCAGUACAGCGUCAACCUGGACUGGCUGAGCACCAUCCCGGAGCAGCCAGAGGCUCCCCCUGAAUACUCGGCAGUAGUGUCCAGCCCGGAGGCCGAGCAGAGCCUGGCUCCGCCGUGCCGCAGCGAACUUGGCGGCAUCCUGGAAGGUCCCUUCUUCGCCUACAUCCAGGAGUUCCGUUUCCGACCACCUCCGCUGUAUUCGGAGAUUGAUCCAAACCCCCCUUCAGACAGCAUCCGUCCGCGCUGCAUGACCUGUUGAGAGAAGCGCAUCGGAUGCCGUUGACAGCGUGGUGAUCCCUUGGGAUGAAAGCUUGCACCCUUGCAGCACUUCGGUCUGGAAAUGGGUAUGCGGUGGCCAUGAGACCGGAGCUCCUGCAGCGCUGAGACCCCAGCCCCGCUCACUGCCCUCAACUCCUCUUGUCGUGACUGUCCCACGGACCGACAUCAAGCGUGGUGUUGUGGACUCGCCCGUGGUAGGAGAACACGUGAGACCCCGCGGCGUGGAGCGGCUCCGUGUAUAGUUGGGCAGGAUGCGGAGGGUUAAUAACUGCCCCAGGAUUUGGGGGUUCAAAGCGGGGAUAUUUGCUCUCCCCUUGCCUGCAGUGGCCGUACUCUGGCAAAUCCUGUCAUGGAAAACAGGAGCUUGGAGGUGUUUCUCAGGAUUACUAGCAAAUAUUUUCAUGUUGCUCAGAUUCGAGUCCCGUGGUGAUGCAGGUGCAGCCCUUCUCCUGCAGUAGCUCACCAGGAUUGCGGUUCCCUAACAAAGUAAAAGGCCUUUUCUGGCCAGAUGAAGCAGAGACUUUGUCCGCUGCUGAUAAUCUUUGCCACAAGCCUGGUGAUGCCUGCAGGGGGAAUGGUUUGAGCUAGUCUACCAAAACCGUAAAGGCUUCCAUGGGCUGUUACCAGGGCAGAGGACUUGGGGGAUGAAUUUACGAUCUGUGGCAGCGUUUUGGUGCCGUUUACCAAGAACAGGAGAGCUGGUUCCUGUGUGUCGGCACCAAACCCGCGCAACGUGCUGAUGCCUCCCCCGUGACGGGGCUGAAACCAACCCCCAAACUGCGGUUGUACCACCACGGCGGUGUUGGAGCUGUGUGGCUCUGGCAUCUCCCUGGUGGCCAAGGGGAUGAGAAGGAAGCCCGGUCCGAGACUGGUGGCAGCCACAAAAGCUGAUGGGAGAUGUGGAGUUGAAAUGAGUCCUUCAGGGCCAAAAGUCCUGCUCAGGACAGGCUUGAUCCUGUGCCCGUAGAGGGGUCGGUGGCCCCGGCGCGGUGAGGACACAGCAGCAACCUGUGCCCACCAGUGUGGGAACCGGUGAGCCGGGUGUUGGAGCAAGGACCGCUCGAGCAUAGGUGCCAGGAGCCGACCCCGCUCACUCCGGCAUGACCUGAGCAGAGUUUGGGUGCUGAGGACCUUUGCAUUCCCUCACUGAGACAAUCCUGCCCGCGAGGCUGCUCGCUUCCCCACGCACAACCAAAGCCAAGCGUGCCUUAGCCUCUGUGCUGGGGCCGCGCUCUGCUCGCUGGGGAUUGCUCAGAUGAUUUUUUUUUUUUUUUUUUUUUUUUGUAUCUGUGAACACUUUUGUAAUGACCACUCUUGUCUCUAUUCUUUUUGUACGACUUUUUGUUGGGGAAUUUUUUGUUUGAAAUAAAUUCUUUAAACCCA